GACAAGUCCAAUACAUGUUGGCAGUCUUCUUUUUUGUUCAGCACUUUAUUUUUUUCCUUCUUUUGUUUUGCCACAAUGACCAACGACUCCAUUCAAGAUGGCUGGUUUACCGAGAAAUCGGAUCUGUGGCCUGGACAAGGACUUGCACUCAAAGUCAAGCAGGUUUUGCACCACGCCAAGUCAGACUUCCAGGACAUUCUCGUGUUCCAGAGUGAAUCGUAUGGCAAUGUGCUUGUGCUGGACGGCGCCGUGCAAGUGACUGAGCGCGACGAGUUUGCGUACCAAGAGAUGAUUGCGCACCUGCCGCUGUGCAUCCACCCAUACCCCAAGAGCGUGCUGAUUGUCGGCGGUGGCGAUGGCGGCGUCAUUCGUGAAGUCAUCAAGCACCAGGCUGUGGAGCACAUUACGCUCUGCGAGAUCGACCCGCAAGUCAUUGAAGUCGCGAAAAAGUACCUGCCGUCACUCGCAGUAGGAUUCAAUGACCCGCGCGUGACUGUCCAUGUCGGGGAUGGCGUCGAGUACAUGAAGCAACAUGCCGGCAACUUUGAUGUGAUUAUUACCGACUCUUCAGAUCCGAUUGGUCCAGCAUCCGCCUUGUUCGAGCAACCCUUUUACGCGGCAAUGCGCAACGCCCUGAAACCCAACGGCAUUGUGUGCACUCAAGCCGAAAGCAUCUGGCUGCACUUGGACUUGAUCUGCAACAUGAAGCGAUUUUGUUCAAAGCUCUUCCCUGUCGUAGGAUAUGCAUGGACGAGCAUUCCGACCUAUCCUUGCGGUCAGAUCGGAUUUAUGAUUUGCUCGCUCAAUCCGUUGACAGAGCUGGAGCAACCCACGCGCUCGUUCUCGGACACGCAGCUCAAAUCGCUUCCGCUUCGAUACUACAACAAGCGCAUCCACACCAGCUCGUUUACCCUCCCGCAGUUUGCGCAGGUAGCGCUCGACGCUGUGGACAAUGAGCCUGAGGCAGUUGCUGCUUCCCAAGCUGCUACAUCCCACGUUACGCUUCUUCGAGAGCGCGAAAGUGCUGAAGAGCUUGCCAAUCGCCGAGACAACGAGGAUGCUGAGGAUGAGGAGAGUGAGCAGCCCAGCGAAAAACCGGAACAAGUCGAAGCAGAUGCAUCCACCGAUGCGUCAUGAAAAACAAAGCCCAGAUGAUGAUGCCUGGAAAAUGCAAAGCUUGUUAGAGUAGAAACAUUGUAUUCAUUAAAAAAAAUUUGCGA